CUUGGGGUGUAUGUUGCUGGUGAGAUUCGGUAUAUAAAGGACGGCUGGCCUGCACAUUUAACCAUCAGUGCCUUCUCUGAAACAUUCGGCUCAUCUUCUUCCAACAACAUGAACAAGUAUAUCAUUUUAGCUGCUUUGGCCGCCGUGGCGAUGGCCAAGCCGCAAGGUUAUGGUGCAGCAGCCGGCCAACAGCAACAGGGUUACGGAGGCCAAGCUGGACAACAACAGCAGAAGCAGGCAUACGGAGCUCAGUCCGGAGCGGCUCAACAGCAACAAGGUUAUGGUGCUCAAAGUGGACCAGCCCAACAGCAGCAAAGCUACGGUUCUCAGGUCUCCGCAAGCGCUGAAGCUGGCCAAAACUACGGAGCUCAGUCUGGAGCAGCCCAACAACAACAGGGUUACGGUGGUCAAUCCUCUGCUAGCGCCGGAGCUGGACAGGGUUAUGGUGCUCAAAAUGGAGCUGCCCAGCAACAACAAGGCUACAGUGCUCAGGCCGCAGCUGGAGCUGGACAAAAUUACGGCUCACAAAACGGAGGUGCCCAAAAGCAACAAGGUUAUGGUGAAUCCAACACACAGCAGAAACCAACUAAUACUUACAACAGCAAUGGAAACGGAAACAGACCGUCCGCAUCCGCAUCAUCCUACGAACAGGAGCAGCCCCCGAUGCCAUACGACUUCGCCUGGGCCGUCAAGGAUGAGCCAACCAAGAACGACUACGCUCAUGAAGCCAAAAGCGAUGGCAAAGUGGUCACUGGAUCCUACUUUGUUCUUCUUCCUGAUGGCCGCAUUCAAAUUGUUUCUUACCGUGCUGACGAGAACGGCUACGUCGCUGACGUCAAGUACGAAGGUGAGGCCCAGUUCCCUGCACCAUCCAACGGCAAUGGAAACUAUGGAAACGGCUCUGGAAAUGGAGGCAAUAGCUAUGGCAAUAGCAACAAGGGAAACGGCAAUGGAAGCAAUACCUAUGGCAACGGCAAUCAGGCUAACGCCUAUUAAGAAGCUAAUAAGUGUAUCGUCUUAAAAAUGAAUCGCCAUAAUUCUAAUUAUUUUUCUGUGAAAUCGUGAUGAAUACAUAUACAGAUACUUAA